CUCACAAAUGACCAAAUUUACUUUAUUUGCCUUAUUGGGAAUAUUUGUCUUCCUAUUAGUCAUCGGCAAACUAUGGGAAGUCUACACCAACUGUAAGCCAACGGUACGCAAGAAGAGAAAAGGACUGAUUCCUCGCAGCAGGAAGAUGUCCAUGAUGCGACUCAAAGACAUAACGUCUGAUCUACAAAAGUUGAAAGAGGAAUUUGAAAGUGCCAUGAACGGUUUGUCUCCUGUAGGCAUUCCUGAAUACUCAAGACCAAAAGAACGCUCAUUUUUUAUUAUGCUUGAUCAGAAAGGAAAGAGUGAAAAUACUGAAACAAAACUAUAACUCGCUGAAA